AUGCAAAGGAGGACAAAUUUGAAGGCUCUGAUGUUACGUUCAUUGUCUGGUUUAAGUUCAUUAAGAGAGCUGAAACUAAAGGACUGCAAUCUUGGAGAAGAAGAUAUUCCUAGUGAUAUUUCACGUCUAUCCUCUUUGGAACGACUUGAUCUUACUGGUAACAAUUUCAUCAGCAUACCUCCGUCCCUUACUCGACUUUCCAAGCUUGAAUCUCUUAGAUUAUCAAAUUGUGGCAUGUGCAAUAUUGGUGAAUUAGAUAUUCCUAAUGAUGUUUCUUAUCUAUCCUCUUUGGCCCAUCUUAAUCUUAGUGGUAACAAUUUCAUCAGCAUACAUCCGUCCCUUACUCGACUUUCAAAGCUUCAGCAUCUUGAAUUGUCAAAUUGCAAGGAACUUAAAUCGUUGCCUGAGUUUGUAACAAAUAUAACCUUGGUGGAAAUGGAAAAUUGUGCUUCUCUGGAACUAGUUGCAUUUCCUUCAAAAGUAUGCAAUUCAAUGAAUAUUGCUUGCAUUCUCCGUACUCACUGCUACAGAUUGGCUGAGAAUGUCAAUGUAUUAAAAUUGCUGAGAAAAUUUCUCAUGGCGUUUGAAAAUUCAAGAGGCAUAUUUGACAUUGAUGUACCUGGAAAUGAAAUCCCAGAAGGGUUCAGCCGUGAGAGAGUUGACUGUUCAAUCAAGAUACCACUGCCUUUCAAUAUUCUGAAUGAUAUUCAAUGGAUGGGAGUUGCUUUCUGCUGCAUUUUUGUCAACGAUGAUCCUUCGAGGGAUGAGGUUAAUGGCUGUAAAGCUGUUAUCCAUCGUAGAAACUCUGGAAAAGCUGCUUGUGAUGAAUCUGCUUUCCUAGAUGGAAAUUACAUUGUAGAUGAUAGUGGUUUCCUUUUAGGUAAAAAACAUAAUCAGCCCAUAAAAAAGGACCACCUUUUCCUUCGUUAUUGGUCGCGUCACCAAUUAUAUCCAUCUCCCUUUGAGGAUAAAUGUGAUGAAAGUUGUGUAAAAAUUGAAGAUAUGAAUGAAGACUCUGCUGCUGAUGGAUCAAUAGCUAACGGUCCCCUUGGAAAGAAAAAACGUAAUAUCUAUGAGGGGACGGAGGCAGGGCCACAACCAAAACGAAUGGAAAAUAUUCAGUUUUCUAAUGGGUCGACCAGGGAAGAAACAUUAAUUCCGGUUGAAGAAUAAUUAUCAGCUUGACACAAAAAAUGUUGAGAGAGUCGGAUU